CAAAAUAACAAAUUUGAAAAAUUUAAAAAUCAAAAUUUGGCGCGCAAUAAAAUCUAACGGUCUGCCAACCUUUAAUAACGUUCUCUCUAAUUAUUCUAUUUUUCUUUUCCAUGCUCUCAUUAUUUUAACGUUCUUUUCGUGAAAGAAUUUUCAAAGAAUUUUUAAAAAAUUUAUCUGAACCCAUAAAUUUUUAAAUCUAAUUUUAUAAUUCAGAUCCUUUUACUUCAACGCUUUAAUUAAUUAAAUGCUACUCAAAUUUAAACAAAUUUGUGACAUUGAUGUUCUUCGUUUAAAACCUAUUUAUUGUCGCCGUUUUGCAAGUGGAGGAGGACACGGACAUGGGGAUGAUGAUGAUGUAAAAAUGGAGAAACAACCUGAUCAUUAUCGACCUGGAACUGAUACUUAUACUUAUGAAAAUCCAUGGCCAAAAUUAAACAAAGGCAGGCUUGACUGGCUUUUCAAUGAUGGAUGGCGAAGGCCUUUACCAGCAGAUCAAGGCGGUUAUAUGCGUCGUUCCUGGAUCUGGCGUGGACAUGAUGCUUCGGAUGAAUACAAGGAUUGGAUAAGAUUUCAUAAAUAUAUGUUCAUCCUUGGUACGGCUAUUACUGUUUGGCUUGGUGUUGUUAUUGGUUUAUGGAUGAAGCCUGAUUGGCCGGUGGGUAGAGACUGGGCUAGACGCGAAGCUCAUUUAGAACUUACUCGUCGUGAACGUGCUGGCCUUCCUUUAGUUAGUCCUGACUUGAUAGAACGUUCUCGUGUAGAAGCAAGCCUGCCUUCUGAGGAAGAACUUCGAGAUUUUGAUAUUCUUAUUUAG